AUGUCACAGAGGAGUGGGCAGGAGGACCCCGAGCGGUACCUGUUUGUGGACCGGGCUGUCGUGUACAACCCGGCAGCACAGGCAGACUGGACCGCCAAGAGGCUUGUCUGGAUCCCCUCGGAGCGGCACGGCUUUGAGGCCGCGAGCGUCCGCGAAGAGCGAGGAGAUGAAGUGGUGCUGGAGCUCGCGGAGAACGGGAAGAAAGCGGUGGUCAACAAGGACGACAUCCAGAAGAUGAAUCCGCCCAAGUUCACCAAGGUGGAAGACAUGGCUGAACUUACCUGCUUGAACGAGGCGUCUGUGCUUCAUAAUCUCAAAGACCGAUACUACUCCGGCCUCAUUUAUACGUAUUCUGGUCUCUUCUGCGUGGUUAUUAACCCCUACAAAAAUCUGCCCAUCUACUCAGAGAACAUCAUUGAGAUGUACAGGGGCAAGAAGAGGCACGAAAUGCCUCCUCACAUCUAUGCCAUCUCGGAGUCUGCAUAUAGAUGCAUGCUACAAGAUCGAGAAGACCAGUCUAUUCUUUGCACAGGGGAGUCUGGAGCUGGCAAGACAGAAAACACAAAAAAAGUUAUUCAGUACCUGGCACAUGUUGCCUCCUCCCAUAAAGGAAGAAAAGACCACAACAUUCCAGAAUCGCCCAAACCAGUGAAACCACAGGCGCCCAAUGAAAUUGGUGGAUCCCUGUUUUAUGGUGAACUGGAACGUCAGCUCUUACAAGCCAACCCCAUCCUGGAAUCAUUUGGGAACGCGAAGACUGUGAAAAACGACAACUCCUCACGUUUUGGGAAAUUCAUCCGGAUCAACUUUGAUGUCACUGGGUACAUUGUUGGAGCCAACAUUGAAACCUACUUGCUGGAGAAAUCCAGAGCUAUUCGACAAGCCAAAGAAGAGCGAACCUUCCACAUUUUUUACCAGCUUCUGGCAGGAGCAGGCGAGCAUCUCAGAUCUGAGCUGCUUUUGGAAGGCUUCAAUAACUACCGUUUCCUAUCCAACGGCAACAUCCAAAUUCCAGGCCAACAAGAUAAAGACAACUUCCAUGAGACCAUGGAAGCCAUGCACAUAAUGAGUUUUGCUCAUGAUGAGAUAAUGGCCAUGUUGAAGGUGGUGUCCUCAGUGCUUCAGUUUGGUAACAUAGUGUUCAAGAAGGAGAGGAACACUGACCAAGCCUCAAUGCCUGAUAAUACAGCUGCCCAGAAGCUGUGCCACCUGCUUGGUAUGAAUGUCAUGGAGUUUACCAGAGCCAUCCUGUCACCAAGAAUAAAAGUGGGAAGAGACUAUGUCCAGAAAGCACAGACGAAAGAACAGGCUGACUUUGCGGUCGAAGCUCUCGCUAAAGCUACAUAUGAGCGCCUGUUCCGCUGGCUGGUCCAUCGAAUUAACAGAGCUCUGGAUAGAACCAAACGGCAGGGUGCCUCCUUUAUCGGUAUUUUGGACAUCGCUGGUUUUGAGAUUUUCCAGCUGAACUCAUUCGAGCAGAUGUGCAUCAACUACACCAACGAGAAGCUGCAGCAGCUCUUCAACCACACCAUGUUCGUCCUGGAGCAAGAGGAGUAUCAAAGGGAGGGCAUUGAAUGGAGCUUCAUAGACUUUGGCCUGGACCUGCAGCCCUGCAUUGACCUCAUCGAGAGACCGGCUAACCCUCCUGGGGUGUUAGCGCUCCUGGAUGAGGAGUGCUGGUUCCCUAAGGCUACAGACAAGACCUUUGUAGACAAACUGAUCCAGGAGCAGGGCACCCACUCAAAGUUCCAAAGGCCACGCCAACUCAAAGAUAAAGCUGACUUUUGUAUCAUCCACUAUGCCGGCAGGGUUGACUACAAGGCAGAUGAGUGGCUCAUGAAGAACAUGGACCCUCUUAAUGACAACGUGGCAACUCUUCUGCAUCAGUCUGCAGACAAAUUUGUAGCCGAACUUUGGAAAGAUGUCGAUCGGAUCGUGGGCCUGGACCAGGUGGCAGGAAUGAACGAGACAGCGUUCGGUGCCACGUACAAAACGAAAAAGGGCAUGUUUCGUACAGUGGGGCAACUCUACAAAGAGUCCCUGACCAAGCUCAUGGCCACACUGAGGAACACUAAUCCAAACUUUGUCCGUUGCAUCAUCCCCAACCAUGAAAAAAGAGCCGGUAAGCUGGAGCCUCACCUGGUUCUGGACCAGCUGAGGUGUAACGGUGUCCUCGAGGGAAUUCGUAUUUGCAGACAAGGCUUCCCCAACCGCAUCGUCUUCCAGGAGUUUAGACAGAGAUAUGAGAUCCUUACACCGAAUGCUAUUCCCAAAGCUUUCAUGGAUGGAAAACAAGCCUGUGAGAGAAUGAUAUACGCUCUGGAGCUGGACCCCAACCUCUUCCGCAUCGGUCAGAGUAAGAUUUUCUUCAGGACCGGGGUCCUGGCUCAUCUGGAGGAAGAGAGGGACCUCAAGAUCACUGACAUCAUCAUUUACUUCCAGUCUGUGUGCCGUGGAUACUUGGCACGCAAAGCUUUUGCAAAGAAGCAACAGCAGCUGAGUGCUCUGAAGGUCCUCCAAAGAAACUGUGCUGCUUAUCUGAAGCUGCGACACUGGCAGUGGUGGAGGCUCUUCACCAAGGUGAAGCCUUUGCUGCAGGUCACCAGGCAGGAAGAGGAGUUGCAAGCUAAAGAUGAGGAACUGAUGAAGGUGAGGGAGAGGGAGCUGAAGUUGGAGAGCCAAAUGGGGGAGAUGGAGAGGAAACACCAGCAGCUCAUAGAGGAGAAGAAUAUUCUUGCAGAGCAACUCCACGCGGAGACGGAGCUAUUUGCUGAGGCCGAAGAGAUGAGAGUUCGUCUCCUCUCUCGGAAGCAAGAGCUGGAGGAGAUCCUCCAUGACCUAGAGUCCAGAGUGGAGGAGGAAGAAGAGAGAAACCAGAGCCUGCAGAAUGAGAAGAAAAAGAUGCAGUCUCACAUCCAGGACUUGGAGGAGCAGCUCGAUGAGGAAGAAGCCGCACGACAGAAGCUGCAGCUGGAUAAAGUGACAUCUGAGGCAAAGAUGAAAAAGAUGGAGGAGGACAUUCUGCUGCUAGAAGACCAAAACUCCAAGUUUCUGAAGGAGAAAAAGAUGCUGGAAGACAGGAUUGUUGAGAUGACCUCCCAGCUAACAGAGGAGGAGGAGAAAGCAAAAAAUCUCGGCAAGGUCAAGAACAAACAGGAGAUAAUGAUGGUCGAUCUUGAAGAACGUUUAAAGAAAGAGGAGAAAACGCGGCAGGAGCUGGAGAAGGCCAAGCGCAAACUGGAUGCCGAAACAACUGACCUGCAGGACCAGAUUGCAGAGCUGCAGGCUCAGAUAGAGGAGCUGAAGAUGCAGCUAGUCAAAAAGGAGGAAGAGCUACAGGCUGCUUUGGCCAGGAGCGACGAAGAAGCCGUCCAGAAGAACAAUGCCUUGAAGCAGGUCCGCGAGCUGCAGGCCCAGUUAGCAGAGCUGCAAGAGGAUCUGGAAGCGGAGAAGAUGUGUCGCAGCAAAGCUGAAAAGCUAAAGCGGGACCUGAGCGAGGAACUGGAAGCUCUGAAGACGGAGCUGGAGGACACAUUAGACACCACAGCUGCCCAGCAGGAACUGAGGUCCAAGCGAGAGCAGGAGGUGGCAGAGUUAAAGAAGGCCAUGGAGGAUGAGGCCAAAAACCACGAGGCUCAGAUCCAGGAUAUGAGGCAGAGGCACGCCACAGCACUGGAGGAACUGUCCGAGCAGCUGGAGCAGGCCAAAAGGUUCAAGGCCAACCUGGAGAAGAACAAACAGUGUCUGGAAAGUGACAACAAAGAGCUCGUCUGUGACGUAAAGAGUCUGCAGCAGGCGAAGACAGAGUCAGAGUACAAGCGAAAGAAGCUGGAGGGACAGCUUCAGGAGUUCACGGCCAGGGCCACCGAGAUGGAGCGGGCCAAGGGCGAGCUGACCGAUCGCUCGCAAAAACUCCAGACGGAGCUGGACAACGUCUCUGCUUUGCUAGAGGAAGCCGAGAAGAAGGGGGUGAAACUGGCCAAAGAAGUGGAGAACCUGAACAGCAAACUGCAAGACUCUGAGGAGUUGAGGCAAGAGGAGACGCGUCAGAAACUACACCUAAGUGCGCAGAUCCGACAGCUGGAAGGGGAAAAGAACAACUUGAUGGAGCAGCAAGAGGAGGAAGAAGAGGCCCGACGCGGCAUGGAGAAGCAGCUGCAAACAGUGCAGGCUCAGCUGUUUGAAACAAAGAAAAAGCUGGAAGAUGAUGUCGGAGUGAUAGAGGGUCUGGAGGAGGUGAAGAGAAAACUCCAGAAGGACAUGGAACUAACCAUCCAGCAUUUGGAGGAGAAGACCAUGGCCAUGGACAAGAUGGAGAAGACCAAGAACAGACUGCAGCAGGAGCUGGAUGACCAGAUGGUGGAGCUGGACCACCAGAGACAGACUGUUUGCAACUUGGAAAAGAAGCAGAAAAAGUUUGAUCAGAUGCUGGCCGAAGAGAAGACCGUCUCAGCCCGCUACGCCGAGGAACGCGACCGCGCUGAGGCUGAAGCCAGAGAAAAGGAGACCAAGGCUCUGUCUUUGGCCAGAGCUCUGGAGGAAGCCUUGGAGGCCAAAGAGGAGCUGGAGAGGUUCAACAAGCAGCUCCGUGCUGAAAUGGAGGACCUGAUGAGCUCUAAGGAUGACGUUGGAAAGAAUGUCCAUGAACUGGAGAAAUCCAAACGCACCCUGGAGCAACAAGUAGGAGAGAUGAGAACCCAACUUGAGGAGCUGGAGGAUGAGUUGCAGGCCACUGAGGAUGCCAAACUGCGUCUAGAGGUCAACAUGCAGGCCAUGAAGGCCCAGUUUGACAGAGACCUUCAAGCCAGAGACGAACAGGGAGAAGAGAAGAAGAGGGCACUAGUCAAACAGGUAAGAGAGAUGGAGGCCGAGCUGGAGGAUGAAAGGAAGCAGAGAACACUGGCUGUUGCUGCAAAGAAGAAGAUGGAAAUGGACCUGAAUGAGCUGGAGGGUCAGAUUGAAGCUGCCAACAAAGGCAGGGAUGAAGCCAUCAAACAACUCAAAAAGCUCCAGGCCCAGAUGAAGGACUACCAGAGAGAGUUAGAGGAGGCCAGAGCCUCCAGGGACGAGAUCUUCACCCAGUCGAAGGAGAACGAGAAGAAGUUCAAGAGCUUAGAAGCUGAAAUCUUGCAGCUUCAUGAGGACUUUGCAGCGUCAGAGAGGUCAAGGCGACAUGCUGAGCAGGAGAGAGACGAGCUGGCCGAUGAGAUUUCCAACAGUGCUGCCGGGAAAUCAUCCCUUCUGGAGGAGAAGAGGAGGCUUGAGGCUCGUAUCACCCAGCUGGAGGAGGAGCUGGAGGAGGAGCAAGGAAACAUGGAGCUGCUGAAUGACCGCUUCAGAAAGAGCAACAUGCAGGUGGACAGCCUGAACACUGAGCUGGCCACAGAGCGCAGCACUGCACAAAAGAGCGAGAACGCUCGGCAGCAGAUGGAGCGGCAGAACAAGGAGUUGAAAGCCAAACUGGCAGAGCUGGAAGGGGCUGUAAAGUCCAAAUUCAAGGCAUCCAUCACUGCCCUGGAGGCCAAGAUCCUGCAGCUGGAGGAGCAACUCGAGCAGGAAGCCAAGGAGAGAGCAGGGGCCAACAAAGUUGUCCGGCGCACGGAAAAGAAGCUGAAGGAGGUGAUGAUGCAGGUGGAGGACGAGCGCCGCCAUGCCGACCAGUACAAGGAGCAGAUGGAGAAGGCAAACUCUCGAAUGAAGCAGCUGAAGCGGCAGCUGGAGGAAGCGGAGGAGGAGGCCACCAGAGCCAACGCCUCCCGGAGGAAGCUGCAGAGGGAGCUGGACGAUGCCACCGAGGCCAGCGAGGGUCUGACCCGGGAGGUCAACUCACUCAAGAACCGCCUCAGGCGUGGUGGCCCGGUCAGCAGCUUUUCUUCCAGCCGCUCGGGACGCCGCAACCUCAACCUGGACGGGGCCUCCGGCGACAACUCUGAGGAGGACGCCGACAGCCGCGCCGGCGACUUUAAUGACACGCAGACCGCCAGUGCCGAGUAA